CCUUCUUGUCUUCUUUUUAUCUCGGCUCUGUAUUGCGAUCACUGUCACUCACUUCCCUCCGCCUUUGUGUGCCAUUUCUGGACUCGCGCUCGCCUUCCAACUCUACCUUUUCCGGCACUGGGUUCCAUUCCCGGCGACAGUCUUCAAGACAAUUAUUGUUACCUAAAAAUGAGUUCAAACAAAGGGCGUGGGAAGACUUUUAACUCAAGCAGCAACAAUGAGAGGUCACCUAAGGGGAACAAUGUUUCCGGUACUUCUACCACUACGCCAGACCAUUUGAAGCAGGAUGUAGCAGAUGUUAGCCUGGAACCUGGACAGGCAGAUGGUGAUUGGGAAGUUUAUGCCAAAAAGUCAAGGAACAAAGCUGGGGCCAAUGCAUCUAAACAGUGGGGUGCUCAGAAUUCAAGUCCUAAAUCAACAGAGACGGCUCAGACUAGUUUACGCAAUGGUGGUGGACGAGGAAAGGUGCCUGGUAAGAAUUGGCAACCUCAAUACUCUGAUGCAAGGAGAACGGCUGGACGAGGGAAUGCUUGGUCACAAUCCAGGGCUCCAGAUGUUAAUUAUACAGGUACACCAGCAGUAAUUCGCCCUCCCCUGGAGCAUGGUUGGAAUUGGCAAUCUAGGGCAGGUUCCAGUCAAAGUAGGGUUUUGGAAGAUGGCCAACAUAUAGAUGAACAUAACUCAAACUCAAAUCUGAAUGACGAAAAUGAAAGAGAUGAUAAUGUUGACGAUAACGAUGAUGAUUCUGAGGAUCUGGAGGAUAGUGAUGAUGACGCCUUGAGUGAUGAUUUUGAUUCUGAUGCAAGUGAGAAGAGCUUUGAAACUCGAAAAAAGAGUAGAUGGUUUAAGAAGUUCUUUGAGAUUUUGGAUAGUUUGACUGUUGAUGAGAUUAGUGAACCUGCAAGACAGUGGCAUUGUCCAGCAUGCCAAGGAGGUCCUGGUGCCAUUGACUGGUUCCGUGGCCUUCAACCCUUGAUGGCACAUGCCAGAACAAAAGGAUCUAAAAGGGUGAAGCUACACAGAGAGCUGGCAGAACUGUUGGACGAGGAGUUGCGGCGUAAGGGAGCAUCUGUCAUUCCUGCUGGCGAACUAUUUGGUAAAUGGAAAGGUCUGAAAGAUGGGGACAAAGAUCAUGAGAUUGUCUGGCCUCCUAUGGUUGUUAUUAUGAAUACAAAGCUUGAGAAGGAUGAAAACGAUAAGUGGAUUGGCAUGGGAAAUCAGGAACUUGUUGAAUACUUCAGUCUAUAUCUUCCUGUGAAGGCACGACACUCAUAUGGCCCCCAGGGGCAUCGUGGGAUGAGUGUUUUAAUUUUUGAGCCCUCAGCAAAGGGUUAUUUAGAUGCUGAGCGCCUACACAAGCAUUUCAUUGAGCAAAGAACUGAUAGAGAUGCUUGGAAUCGUGCGGGGAGGAAUUUAUUUUAUCCAGGUGGGAAGCGCCAGCUCUAUGGUUUUAUGGCACUACAAGAAGACCUGGACAUUUUUAACCAGCAUAUGCAAGGCAAGUCUAAGAUGAAAUUUGAGUUGAGAUCAUAUCAAGAGAUGGUCGUUGAUCAGAUAAGGCAAAUGAGUGCGGACAACCAACAACUUAGCUGGUUAAAGAACAGGGUCGUAAAAGAAAGGAAUAAGGCUAAAGCCUAUGAAGAAUCUCUUGGAAAAGUGUGUGAAAAGCUUCGGAAGACGAAGGAAGAAAAUAGAAUUGUUAGACAGAGAACACUAAUGCAACACGAAGAGAAUAUAGAAGAGAUGCAAAUGCAAGAACAAUUUUUCAAAGAACAAAUCAAACUAUUGCAUGAUAAGAGGGACGAAAAGGAAGAGAACUUUGAAAGGUUGCAACAGGAGGAACGUGAGAAGAUGAAACAAACCAAUGGAAGCCGUUCAAAUACAGAUGGAUAUAGAAACAGGGCGGAGGACCUGGCGAAGUUCAUUCAGUUCCAAGAGAAGGAAAUGGCAGAGUUUGUAGUAGAAAGGGAGGAGCUGAUAAAAGCUCAUGAAGAUAAGAUGGCAGCGAUGAAACGGAGACAUUGGGAUGAAGAAGUCGUUCUGGAGGAAGAGUUCAAUGCGGAACUAACACAGUUGAUGGAGAAGUAUACCCGAGUUCUAAAGAUGCAGAAGCACAGUUGAUUUGAGGUCGGGUGGGAUCGUAGCUUGCAACUAAGAACAGUGCCUACGUAGGAGAGUUACAACCUAUUUUCCUCUCCUAACUUUUCUUAUGCUAUAUUCUCAAACACAGCGUGGUAUAGGAAGGAUAACAAAAAACUGUUGAACCUUGGGGUUUUGGUUGACCUUCUGAAUACGUGAUGGAUGACUGCCUACUUUUGGUAAAUAUAAUGAUAGCGUUUUCCCAUUUAAAGAUGGGUGUUAA